CUAGAUUUAACCUAUUCCUCAAAAAUGAAAACUUAAGUGUGGUGGUAUGCAGCAGCAAACAGAUUCUUCCCUUUUCGGUAAACACCAGCAUGACAACUGUGGAAAUGUGCAAAACUGUGGUUUAUAAGUGAAAGCCUGACCUGUCGAGGGUAAGCAAACUGAAGCAUUUAUAAGCCCCCUGCUCCCACAUCUCCGAGCAGAUGAACUGCACCUGACAGAGACUGGAACAUGAGCAUUUUCAAAGUUAUCCUUUUAGUCAGCAUCAGCACACAGUGCCACGCAGACCCCGUGAACAUGAGCGUCCAGCUGGAGCAGAAUGUCACUCUGCCCUGCUUCCUGAACUCCAGCUCUGAGAUGGCAUGGUAUCGACUGAGCUCUGAGCAGAUUACUUUACUCAUAUCUGCAGCAAGAGGAAACCUUAACAAAAAAGAUUUAGUUACUUACUAUAAUGAGAAUGGCAGUCACUUUGGGCUGGAAGCAGACCGGAGGAUUGACUCGGUCAGCCUGGUGAUCUCUGGGGUCAGAGAGUCAGAUCUGGGGCUGUACUACUGCGCUCUUGGUGUCAGGGCAAAGACGAUGCACUUUGGCACUGCUGUCAGACUCACAUUUGCAGACGCUGAACUGCGGCGUUCAUCAGAAAGUGUGGGCUGCAGGAUGCUGUUGGUCUGUGCUUGUGUUGUUUGUGGGGUUUGCACUAUUCUCUGCGUGACUGGGCUUUGUUACAGACAAGGUUCUUCCAGGGUCUGUUGCAUCAGCUGCGUGACAGAAAACUCAAAUGUCAAGGCAGCACAAGUACAGUAUUCCAGUCUCCGGUUCCUCAGACGGUCCAGAGCCGCGGCUCCUGAUCCAGUCAACGUGAUAUACGCAGCUAUAAACAACCACACGUCCUGAUUUCACCGCAUUUAACCAGCUUCAUAUUAACAGAGAGAGUUUAACAAGUCUACUAUACCAACAUCUAUACUCUGAACUUAUGCCAAGCCUGUGGGAAAAAUCCAUAUAAAAUCAUUUAUACACUUCCAUCCAAAAGUUUGGGGUUGGAACUAUUUGUAAUGUUUCUGAAAGAAGUCUAUUUUGUUCACCAAGGCUGCAUGUAGUUGGUUUAAAG